ACUACUUAGGAAACAUCACAAGACGAGAAAAUGUUCCUCCUCUACUUCCUCUUGUUCAUAAGCUUCUACUUAAUAUCAUGGCACCUCAUCCAUAAGAUCCGUAACCUCCCGCCCACUCCCUUCCCGACCCUCCCAAUCCUCGGCCACUUUCACCUCCUCAAGAAGCCCCUCCACCUCUCCCUCACCGCCAUCUCCCGCCGCCAUGGCCCUGUCGUCCUCCUCCAGUUCGGCUCCCGCCGUGUCCUUGUUGUCUCCUCUCCCGCUGCAGCGGAGGAAUGCCUCACCAAGAACGACAUUGUCUUUGCGAACCGCCCAUGCCUCCUCGCUGGUAAAUACUUGGGUUACGAUUGCAUGAACCUCACAUGGGCACCCUACGGGGACCACUGGAGGAAGAUGCGUAUCGCAACCCUCAAUAUCCUCUCACCCCACUGGGUCAACAGCCUGUCCGAGAUACGAGCUGACGAGGUCAAGGCUCUCGUGAGGUGGCUUGCGAUGGAUGAUAAUUGGGCUCAGCCUGUAGAUACGAAGAAGGUCUUCUUCGAGCUUACUCGGAAUGUAAUGAUGAGGAUGAUCGCUGGGAAGAGGUACUAUGGAGAGAAUGUGGCGGAGACAGAGGAAGCAAGGAGGUUUCAGGAGAUUGCGACGGAGGCUUCCAGGAUUGCAGGGGCCACAAACAUCGGGGACUUCCUGCCAUUCCUUAGGAAGAUCGGGUUCAAGAGGGCGGAGAAGGACCUGCAGGCGUUGCAAGAGAAGAAGGAUUCUUUGUUGCAGAAUCUGCUUGACGAGCAAAAGAGGGUGGCCAAAGAGGAGAACAAGAAUAACCUGAUUCAGGUCUUGCUAUCCCUGCAAGAAACCGACCCUAAGUUUUACAAAGAUGUUACCAUCAGAAGCAUCAUAUCGGUUCUGUUAAGUGGGGGGACCGACAGUUCCACGCCGACAAUGGAGUGGGCCAUGUCACUCCUAUUGAACCAUCCCAUGGUCUUAAAGAAGGCACAGGCAGAGAUCGACGAUGUAGUUGGAUGUGACCGCUUGGUAAAUGAGUCCGACCUCCCCAGGCUUCCUUACCUCCAAAACAUCAUCAAGGAGACGCUCCGCUUGUUCCCCGGGGGCCCAUUCUCUGUCAUGCACGAAUCAUCCGCCGGGUGCCGUGUCGGUGGAUAUUGGGUACCUGGGGGCACAAUGCUCUUGAUCAACUUGUACUCGAUCCAGCGGGAUCCACGUUACUGGUCGGAACCCGAUAAGUUCAAGCCUGAGAGGUUUGAGGGGAUGGAAGGCUUCAGAGACGGGCAUAGGAUGUUUCCAUUUGGAUCAGGUAGGAGAAGGUGCGCAGGGGAGAACCUGGCCCUCAGGAUGACGGGCUUGACCCUCGGGUCGCUGAUCCAGUGCUUUGAGUGGGGGCGGAACAGCGAGGAGCCAGUGGACAUGACAGAGGCAGCGAGCCUCAGCAUGCCCAAGGCACAUUCGUUGAUGGCUAAGUGUAAACCCCGGGAAAGCAUGAGGACCUUCCUUUCUCAAGUAUAAGUAAUCAGUUGUGUGAGAUGAUCAGGGACUCAUUGAAGAAUAACUUAUUACUAUUACUGUAAUAUCAGUGUGUGCCUGCAAUAUGGUGAUGAAUGUUGUUGUGAUGAAAUGUUAUAUUUGGUUGUAUUCUCUUUAUAUGGCAAUCAUGGAUUCAUGUAUUUUGAUAUAUUUUAUGGAUAUGCAGCUCAAUGUAAUUUCUAUGUAUGAUAUAUUUUUAUAUAUGUGCGAUGUGAU